AUGCUACAACUUCCCAGACCAGCCUCUUUCCGAGGUCUCAUCUUACUUGUUGCGGCGUACGACCUCCUACUCACGAGCGCAACGACCUAUGUCCUUCCGUGGAUGGCCGCAGUCAUUACCCUGCCUGACAGCUUAUGGCUGUGGGUUUGGGGCUCCCGUGAGGCUUUCAACGACCGCUGCUUGCUCUGCCUCAGUCUCAACUCUGCUCUAUGGCUCUGUGACGCCCUGGAAAGCGGCAACUUGGUCUCCUGGGCCAUGUCACAUGCUCAACCCCCUUCCCUCACCAUCCCAGCAUCGUGGAGUACCAUGGCUCUACUCUUCCUGCAAGUCGAAUAUUUUGCCUCAACUUUGUCGAACAUCAUAGUCGCCCUACCCUUGUUUGAGCACACGACAUCCACAGUCUUGUAUCAAGUGGUGCGAGCAAAAGAGCUUGUCCUAGAGUUCUUCCUGUUCUACUUGUAUGCAAACAUUGCAAUUUGGAUUGCCUCAAAAUGUUGCUGUGAUGAUCGCGAAAUCAGCACGGAUCUUACACCCAGAACCUUUCAAUCUGCACACCCGAGAUCCGUUUAUGGUGACGAGAAGGAUGCUUUUGAAGUAUCUGUUCCUGGGUCCUUCCCAGUCACCAAAAGCCCCAGACCUUCCGAAAGCAACGAAUCUGCUUUGAAGAAGUCAUUCUUGAACCUCGUUUCCAGUGACGACACCCGGGCUGGGUGCAGUCUACCAUUACCCGCCACUUCCGGCAGCUGGGCCACGGAAUGUGUUGUUUGCCUCCUGCUUGCAGACUAUGUCAAUCAAGAAGUCGAUGAAGUCUGCUGGACCUGUCGACUGGUUGGUCUUGACUUCUGCCGUGUGGCACACAUCCCGAUGGUCGUAGGGAAUAUCGCCGAGACCUUCACCAACCGUGAAAUCAACGACGAAGCACGCUUUUACCACGAUGACGCAACCUCGAGCGAGAAUGAUGGUGACGACGAGAAAAAGUAUGAAGACGAAGGAGAAGAAGAUACAGAGGCCGAGGAGGAAAGUGACGAGGACGAUGAGAACGUCUCAGAGACAUGUGGCAGCGGUGACAAUGACAUGGCGAGCACCUUGGACGAGCCUGCAGAGGGAGCAUCCGAGCCAGAGAACACUGAUACCGACAGCGACUAUGACGCCGACACGGAAUCCUCUGCUGACGAGCACGACACAGACGCAGGAGAAGAUACCGACGAUGUCCAGCAGCAUGAUACGAACGCCGACUCGAACGAAAUGCGAAGUCUUCAAGAACGUCCUGGCUACACGUACUUUCGCUCCCAUCGGGUCGACAAUCGCGGCCGGCGGAACGCCUGGGAUUGGACCAACAUCCCGACGCUCCACGGCGACUGGGCACCACAUUGGGUAGCGGCCGAAUUGCGGCGUUUCGCGCCGGGUGACGUGCAGAGGCAGAAGGACGAGUGA